GUGGUGCCACCCCAACAUUUGUCUAACCAAAAGUAGUGAUUGUAAUAUUCAUAAUAAAGGCUUUCCUGUCCUGUCUCUACUGCUAUAUCGAUCCUGGCAAAAAUCGAUAUUGGGUACGGCCACUUCUUACAAUAAGCUGCACUCUACUCGUACGAUCAUCUCGCGUGUUCCGGUCACGAUGUCUUGUUUUCAUUAUACGACAGUAGCCUACUGUACCAGCUCAACCAGCGCAACCCAACGAACGAGGGAGGAGAGGGAUGUUGCGUCUGUGGAAAUGUAUCGCGCUCCGUUUCCAUACGUUACACAGAUGUAGGCUACAAUGUACUUGUUUAUUGUGACCUUGUUAUGAGUAUUUUUUUGCAAUAACUUUGACUGACGCAGCGAGAUGGUGCGGCAGUAACGAAGAGAUAUUUAUCCUGUUGUAGCCUCCCAGGACAGUUGUGCGAUGCGUCGCUGAUUUGCAUUUUUUUCUGUAUACAGGCUAUCAGGUGAUUGAUUCGUCAUCUUUCGUUCUUGAUACAACGCUGUCGCCGCAGAUAAUGUUGAAUUGAGCUCAAUAAUUUGACGAAUAGCGUAAAUGUUUUUGGAACAUUCCUAGAAAACAAUCAUGUAUGGAUCGAAGGACUUGUUUAUAGAUCUUAUGAAUUUUAUAUAGGAAUUCUGUGGGACUCCGUUCAACAUUAUCUAAAAUAGCACGGUCAAGUGUGUCAUCAUGGAACCUACAGGCUCCACCUUGGACAUGCAGAUGGAGAGUGUUGAGAGGAGUUCAGUGUUUCUCAGACAGGAACAUCUCACCCUACUGCAUGGCCUACACCUGGAGAUCCUGUCCUUGCAGAAACGAUGCACCGAGUUGACAUGUGAGCUGAAUGUGAAGCCUCCAGGCAAGAGUGAACUGGACCUGGCGGAGGAGGAGGAGCAGCUGGAGGCCCGCUGUCUGGAGGUCGAAGAUCGCCUGGCCAAGCAGCAGUGCACCCUGGGAGAGCUGCGUAAAGAGCUGACUCACAAGGGGGCGCUGGUAGGCGCGCUGCGGGCUAACCUCAAGGACAAGGAGCGCCGCUUCCUGGACGAGCUGAAGCGCCGCAGCCACCGCUCCACGGUGCUCAACACAGAGCUGCAGAAGCAGACCGAGGCGGCAGCCUACCUCUCCUUCCAGCUGCACGCUGCCCGCCAGAAACUGCACCACCAGCAGCUGCAGCAGAGGCAGCAGGCCCUCAGGGAGAACCAGGAGAAUAGGGAUCGUCGUCAUGGGAAACCCCCUGGGCUCCAGUACAGCCAAGCAGCCGAGUGGGACACCGCCACCUUUUCUCCUCAGUCGCCCUCCGGUUUCUCCAAUGCCUCAAACGCCAGCUCUGCCAUAGCCUCCCCUGUGGUCAAGCCUAAACGCAGGGGCAGCAGGGCCACGUCAGGGCACCAGCUCCGGGCGGAGAGGGCCAGGGAGUGUGUCCCCCAGGAGAGAGUGACGGGCCCCGCAGAGCCCACCGCCAUGCCUGACCCAGCGCUGUUCCUCCACCCUCACCGCAAGCACCACAGGUCCAGGGCCAGGCAUUCCCAAUCCCCGGCCCACAGACAGCAUCCUCUGGUGGGGGAAAGAGGGGAGGAGGAGGGGGAUGGAGAGGGGCCCAUGGAGCCCCAGGAUGGAGCUCCUCCCAGACUGGCAGCCACGGCCACAGCGCCACCUGCUGGCUGCUCAGACCAAGGCUGAAUAACUAGCCCCACUGUGACCAUCCCUAGAAAUGCAUCAUCACUAGCAUCAUAAUUACUAUCAUAAUAAUAAUCGUCAUCAUCAUCACUAUCCUCAUCAUCACUAUGACUGUUUGAUUUUAUUAAUACUGUAAAUUGCCCAUUGUCCUGCACCUUGAUCGAAUUGAUACUGAGAUGAAUCUAGCAUUGUUGAUUAUAAUCCUAUUAACUCUAAUUACUGGUAUUUAGAUUUAUUGCUACGAUGAACACUUUUUAUAAUUAUACAUUUUGACAUUAACUGAAUUAACCCAAACUUCCAGGUGUAUGAACACCCAAUGAGGUUGUUGUUAUUAAUCACUUCACGUCAAUGUGUGGGAUCAUGUAGUUGAAUGCAUAUACACUGGCGUCGCUCGAUAUAACGUUAUUAUGGGGCCUUGUCCGAGUGUGGCGUCCUUUGUGGAGGUUAGUUUAACCUAUGGCCUGUAGCCAUAGACCACAGCACAUACUGUGCAAUUACCUUACCCUACUGUGUUGUUUUAGGGCCAACCAUAAAUCAACCCUGGGUUGCCCUUGUAUAAAAAAAUGUGUCUGACCUCUGUUGCGCUGAGUCACAGUUGGGUAGCGUUUCAGCAUCUGUCCUUGCUAUGAACACGAUUGAUCUUUCAGAUCUGCAUUGGUGGCCUUCACUGGCAAAGGUCCCACAGGGCCAAGAGGUGUAGUCAUACCGUCAUAUCCCACUGAAUCUUUCUUUAUUCCAUUGGUCAUACAAUAGGUAGGCCUACAGCACACUAUAUAUGUUAUACAAUAAUUGAAAGUCACAUUAGUCCACUGGCCUCACACACAGAUAUUAGUGGGUUUCAAAUAUAAUGUGCCUCUGAGCUUUAAAAACACUAAAAACAUAUUACAUUAAGGGAUUACCAAACAGUGAUGAAGCUAUUGUAUGAGUUAAACUGGAGUUCCUAGCAUAUGGCCCCUUAGUAAAUAGGUUGAGGUAUAGGUAUCCUUCUAAUCUAGCAGAUGCUUUGCAUAAACAGGACACUUUUGGGUGGUAAUGCAUUGGGACUAGUUUGGCCAGAUGUUUCUCUCAGGUUUAGUGAGGUCUGUGUAAUACUGAACACAGAGAAGCGUAUUUCUGUGUGUUUAUUUACAUCUGUGGUUUGCUGGGGGGUUUUCGCCUCAGGGAAAAUAGACAGAGGAAUAUUGUUUAUAGAUUAAUUUGUUGCUGUUGAUGAUUUGUUUUGGGUUGAACUUAGGUUUUGGCUGAUUUGAUUUCACUAUUACUAGUCAAGUAAAAAGGGUUGUUAGGGCCUUCUGGCAGAUUUGUCUCUUGUCUCAGAGAGCUGAGAAGAGAAAAUGGGUCAUAUUGGUUAUCUACAUGGUAGAUUCCAAGCUGUGUAGACAGCAGCUGUUGAAAGCCAUUAGUUGACACUAUGGAACCAGCCAAUGACAUUGAGUUGCACUUGGCGGACCCUAAUGGUGUAGUGAGAGAAUAGCACCCAAACAGAUGAAUAUGUGUGGUGUCACUGGAUCUGAAGAUUUUGCCUCUUUUCCUUUUUAUGGGCUUUUAGUUAAUGAAAUUGGUGGAUUUUACAUUCAAUGUCAGAUAGAAGAUAUUCUUACAUUUUUAAACCAUUUAUCUUGGUAGGUAAUAUAUCUUAACCCUUAUAUGAAUGUACAUAUAUAUAGUCUGAUAAUAACUCACUAUAACAGAGGUAAUCUUACAGUAGUGAGUACAUAGGUUUUCAAACUGGUCCCCCGUGGAAAUCGAACCCACAACCCUGGCGUUAGCAUCGCCUGCCAUUCUCUACCAACUGAGCCACACGGGAAGUGUCAUUUAUAGGUUAUUUAAUACAUGUAGUAAAAUGGAAUACUGUAUAAGGUAUUAGAAGGAUAUAUUUGUAUUAUGAUUUAACUUAAUAUUUUGUAUGACUUAUUUAACUGAUUGUUUAAUAUAUUAUGUUUAUUAUAUCACAGAAUGUUAUAAAACUAUUAUGUUAUUUACUGUAUGUAUCUGUCUAUAAGGCAUUUGGAGGAGGCAUUGUCAUGGAAUGCCUUUGAAGAAGAGAAGAUGGGUUGAAUUCAGUGCAGACAUUUAACAUUGUUGUUUUUUCACAAUGUAAGAACAGCCUGCCUCAUUACUGAAAAGUAACCAACUGUAACCGUUGCUGGCAACAAUUGCUGUCAAGCCCCCCAAAAUAUGGCCUAUGUCCCAUAGGCACAACUUUCUUUCUGUGUAGAAGAAUGCAAGGAGGUUCUGCCAUGGUGUCCAGAUUCAUGGUAAACGCCUCCAUAAUGGCAUUUAACCCUUAGCCUGCAAGCAAGAAAUGUAUCAUGACUGUGCACUAUUUCCUCAGCUUCCGAGAACACAUUCCCCAUUCAAUAUCAAAAUUGCAGUAACAUGGCAAUCCUCAUUGAAAAUGUUUUUAUACAGUACACGUGCUUCUUAGGGAACUAGAAGUUAGACUGUUAAGCUUUCUUUUAAAGCAAACGUCCUUGGCUGAUGUACUUGUGGUAUACCUGUGCUUAUAGUGGUCUGUGGCUAGAGCCAGCCAUGUCCAAAAAAUAUCCUUACUUUCACAGGGACACAUUCUACUCUACAACUAAACAAUAAGAACAGAGAAAACUGACACUUCAAAUCUUACACAUUUUGGACAUUGAAAUGUGUAAGAGUGACACGCUGAUACGAUAUUAUAUCACAGACAAAUAACAAAUAAAAACACUAUCCCUUUAUUCUUAAUCAAAUAGCUAAACAGCUUUAACAUACUAUUGAAUCAGAUUGUGGUGAAAGGUGUCUUAUGAUGACAAUGAUGAGCCAAAGAGGCCCAACACAGUUGUAUGGUGUUCUGCCUUAAGAGUUGUCCCGCUGUGGCUAUGCUAUGUAACGUUACAGCAUAGCCAUGCACAAUUACAUAGAAAAAAAACUAAACGUCCCUUGUGUGUCACGAAUGUUGAAUACAAAUAUAUUUGAACUUACUCUGCCAAUUGUCCGCGGGGAAAGCAUUAGUAAACCAACUUCAAAACGCAGGUCUUGGUGUGUGGCAACCAAUAUUUGUUUGCUUGUGAGCAAAGGCAUGUGCACAAGACGGAAGUAUAUGCACAAGAUGCAUGCAUACUAACCGAAGUCUUGCAGGUGUUUACAUGGUUUUGCGCAUGUGCCAGGUGAUAGAAAUUGCAACGGCAGUACCGGCGCUCUAAAAAGUUGGGUAAAUAAUACUUUCCUGUGGAUAUUCUGAAGGACCAACCUCACAGACAACAGUAAGUUCAAAUGUAAUUUUAUUGAACAUUCUGGCUUGUAAGGAAACUUUGUUUCAGACUGUAUACCAAUAAUUGGUAUCAGUCUGAUUUAUUAGGCAAGUGUUGAGUUCUGUAAUGUAAAAAAAUGUAAUUAUCCUCUUUUGGAUACCAGGGGAGGAUGAAUCAUAAAAGUAAGUUUUGUUGAUUCUUCAUAGAAAACACAGAUCUUCCCCUCCUGCUCUCCUUGCUUUCUUCUGAUUCUUAGAGGAGGCGGCAAGGAGAACAGACACAAGGAAUCAAGCAAGGACUUUUGAGAUCACCCCUGGUAUAUCACUUCUAUCUUGUUUCCAAUUCCACAUUUCUUAAAAUGUUUCUCUAUCCAAUUACUAACUGGCAUGAAGAAAAUGAGGACAAGGGAGACAUUUUAAUGAAUGUCUCCUGCUGAGUAUGUUUUUCCAGUUUUUUUGUUGUUGCCAUUGACGCCCAGAAGUCAACCCUGACAGAAGCCAGAGGUCACUGAGGUAAAUCCACAACAUUAUUUUAUACUAGUGGGUGUCACCAUUAUCUCAUCGCCAGACCAUGAGCCCGACUCAUGUCCGUUACAUGGGCAUUUUAAGUAUUUAAGCAUUAAGUAUUUGGUUUUAUCUUGUUUGAUAUGUUUAGUAUUUUCAAGCAAUAAAAAGGCACCACUUUAUAUGUUCCCUCUGGCAUACAACAUAAGGUAUGCAGUGAGACACUCUGAAGGCGCUUCCUCUCAAGACCCUGAGGUGUGUUGUGUCAUAUGGUCCCAUGCUGAGCACCCCCCGCCCCCCAACCCUGUCUCUACCGCACUACUGUGUUAGCUUACUGUAGAGCAUAGAGCUGUACAAAUUAUUUGAAUAAAAUGUAGGUUUGACUAAA